GGAGGUUCGCACAUGUGCGGAGGGUGUUGCGCUCGUGCGGCUCGUCUACGGAUUGGUGGAUUAAGCGAUCGAUUGCAUUUGUUAGGAUGGACAUGACUGAUGCGAGAUGUGAUUUUACGUAUUCCAGAAUGAGGAGUAUUAUGUCUGUCCUCACCGCUUUCAUCAAGGAUCGCAAGAUGGGUCUGAAUGAGUUGAUCCAGCGCCUGGUGUCCUACCCCCAGCUCUACCAGCAGUCAGGUGUCAAACCAUUCCUGAAGCUUGAUGAGAACCACAAUGAAGAACUGGAGGAUGGACUCCAGAACAGCUUGCUGUCCCAGUCCAGAAGCUGCCUGUCAGCAGAUUCCCAAAUCAGACCGGCAGACUUUGACUACCUCAAGGUUAUUGGCAAAGGCAGCUUUGGCAAGGUCUUGCUGGCCAGGCACAAGGAAAGUGGCCAGUACUAUGCUGUGAAGGUUCUUCAGAAGAAGAUGGUCCUGAAGAAAAAGGAGCAAAGGCACAUCAUGGCAGAGCGCAGCGUCCUGCUGAAGAAUCUGCAGCACCCGUUUCUGGUGGGCCUGCACUACUCCUUCCAGACGACCGACAAGCUCUACUUUGUCCUCGACUAUGUCAACGGCGGGGAGCUCUUUUGCCAUCUGCAGCGUGAGCGGGUGUUCUUGGAGCCUCGAGCUCGUUUCUACGCAGCGGAGAUAGCCAGUGCACUGGGCUACCUGCAUUCCCUGCACAUUGUCUACAGGGACCUCAAGCCAGAAAACAUUCUGCUGGACUCGCAGGGACACAUCAUGCUCACGGACUUUGGCCUCUGCAAGGAAGGCCUGGAGCCCAAUGGCACUACAAGCACCUUCUGUGGAACCCCAGAGUACCUGGCUCCAGAGGUGCUCCAGAAGCAGGCGUAUGACUGUACUGUAGACUGGUGGUGCCUGGGUGCUGUGCUCUACGAGAUGCUCUAUGGUCUGCCGCCGUUCUACAGCCGCAACACAGCAGAGAUGUACAACAACAUCCUACACAAGGUGCUGGUGCUGAAGCCCAAUGUGUCAAAUGCAGGCCGGGAACUGCUGGAGGGCCUUCUGCAGAAGGAUCACACCCAGAGGCUCGGCGCGCAGGGUGACUUUAUGGAACUAAAGUGCCAUGCUUUCUUCUCACCCAUCAACUGGGAUGACCUGAUGGCCAGGAAGGUGCCGCCCCCCUUCAUCCCUUCAGUGGUUGGCCCUACUGACCUGCGGCACUUUGACCCCGAGUUCACCCACCUGCCAGUUACAGGUUCGCUGUGCAGCCAUGACAGCGCCAUGGCAACUAACAGCAUGCGUGAGGCAGCCGCUGCCUUCCCAGGCUUCUCAUAUGGGCCCUCUGCAGGCCAUGCCUUUGUUUGAGGGACUGCCGUGUGCAGCACCUGCCUCCAGGGGCUCAAUCCAGCGCGGUACUGGCAGGCGCACUGUGUACGUGCGUGUAACAGCUGCACAGGACAUCUCUGCUGCCAUUCCACUAAUCAGCUCACUGCAUCCUCACUGUUAGUGAGGAUAUACUUCACUCCACAAGGAACUCAUGUCCAAGGAAACUCCCAUCAUUUGACAUAUUUCUCAGGUUAAAAUGUUUGUAGCUCUGAGAAGAGCUGUACAUUUCAAUAACUACAGUAAACUUGGUAAAUACCAUUCAACUUCCUCAAUUCCAAUUGAAAGUGGCAGUUAAGUGGAAACAGAUUUCUUUGAAAAUGCUCCCACUGUAUUUAUGUACAUUAUGUAUCUGUAUAACUUGUGUGUAUUCAUAUGGAACAGACUGCUGCUGUCUAUCGAUAGCUGCAUGAAUAAAUACUGUGACUAAAGUUUGGGCCAAAGCCUGAUGUCCUACUGCCUUGCUGCUCGUGGAUCUGCUCAAGGGCCUAACUGACAGCAGGCAUCAGCCCAUGGAUCAACUAGCUUCCUUUGAGUUGCUGCUUUUCUGGUCUGUAAAUAUUCCUGCUCUCACCACCUAGCCUGCUUGCUGUCUUCUGUUCAUUCAGUAAACCUGUUUUGUUACUUAAUUUAUAUGUUGCUGCUGGGAAAUGUGAAGGGUUUUGCUCAGUGGCCCCUUUACUCUACCUCUGAGGGUACUGUAAACAUACUGGCAGACUCUACCGAGAGCAGUUACACUAAGUAAACAGUAAAAUGAAAAGUUGAAGCUUACAGAGGAAGCCCUCAUCUCUCGCUGCUCAUUGUUUUUAAGGGCCCAUAUUUGACUUUUGCAAAAGUUUGCAUUCUGUGAAAUGCGGUAACACUGAGAUUCAUCAAACUGACAUUAUUGAUUUGCAUCCAGGAGGUUAACAUGUGCAAAAGAAGGCAUGAUUUGUACACUCUCAUGGGGAUGUAAUGCUGUUGUCCACAAGUGGUUGAGCUAUGAGUUCAUCUGUGGGAAGGUUUUGGUUGUCAAUGUCUGCUCUUGGGAAACCCUGUGUUGUAUGUUAUUUUUGCACAUUAAAACCUGUUUCAGAGGCCUGUGUUAAAUGCGUGUAGAAGCAAUAAAGCUUGAAAGUGGAGCA